AUGACAGAAUAAAAAGGAAUAAUUGAUCUUUCUAAUAAAAAAUUAAACUCUAUCAAUGAAAUAUUUAUAAAAGAUAAAACUUAAAUCUACCAUUUAGAUUUGUCCUACAACAAUCUUAAAAGAGUAAAUGGACUAGAAAGCUUUACAAAUCUUAAGACCUUAAUUAUAGAUCAUAAUCAAUACUCAAGUCUGAUUCAUUUUCCUGUCCUUUAAAAUUUAGAUACUUUUUCAGCUAUAGCAAAUUAAUUUAACGAUCUUAAUGAAUUUUUGAUUUUGUGUGUAUCUAAGUUUCCUAAGCUUACCAAUCUUAGCAUCUAAAAAAAUCCUAUGGUUCCUAGCUUAAUUAACGCAAAAGAAUAUUUUUCGUACAGAUCAAAAGUAUUAUAAGAAAGACCAGAAAUAUAAAUACUAGAUAGCAUGCCUUUAGAGCCUGUAGAUAUGACUAUUUUUGAUAACAUUCCAUAGUAAUCCGAGUAAGAAGAAGAACCUAAAACCAUAUAAAAAGCACGUCUUAUUCUUCCUGAUUCUAAUGGUAUAGUUGAGUGUGACCCUAGAUAUGCUAUUGAUAAAAAGAAAAAAUUCUCUUCCAGAUCUGAAGGUAAUCGCUUCUUAAAAAACAAGGACUUAUGA